AUGACAAGAAACGCCAGACCCAACAUCGUCCUGCUGAUGGCAGAUGACCUUGGAGUGGGGGAUUUGUGCUGCUACGGUAAUAACUCAGUGAGCACACCUAAUAUUGACCGCCUGGCAAAUGAGGGAGUGAGGCUCACCCAGCAUCUCGCAGCUGCUUCCAUGUGCACCCCAAGUCGGGCUGCCUUCCUGACCGGCCGGUACCCCAUCAGAUCAGGGAUGGUGUCUCCCUACAACCUCAACCGUGCCCUCACGUGGCUUGGUGGUUCAGGUGGUCUUCCUACCAAUGAAACGACUUUUGCCAAGCUGCUGCAGCACCGUGGCUACCGCACGGGACUCAUAGGCAAAUGGCACCUGGGUUUGAGCUGCGCCUCUCGGAAUGAUCACUGCUACCACCCGCUCAACCAUGGUUUUCACUACUUUUAUGGGGUGCCUUUCGGACUUUUAAGCGACUGCCAGGCAUUCAAGACACCAGAACUGCACCGCUGGCUCAGGAUCAAAUUGUGGAUCUCCACGGUGGCCAUUGCCCUGGUUCCUUUUCUGCUUCUCAUUCCCAAGUUCGCCCGCUGGUUCUCAGUGCCGUGGAAGGUCAUCUUUGUCUUUGCUCUCCUCGCCUUUCUGUUUUUCACUUCCUGGUAUUCCAGUUAUGGAUUUACUCGGCGUUGGAAUUGCAUCCUUAUGAGGAACCAUGAAAUUAUCCAGCAGCCGAUGAAAGAGGAGAAAGUAGCUUCCCUCAUGCUGAAGGAGGCGCUAGCUUUCAUUGAAAGGGUCAAACGGGAACCUUUUCUCCUCUUUUUUUCGUUCCUGCACGUACAUACUCCACUCAUCUCCAAAGAGAAGUUUGUUGGGCACAGUAAAUAUGGCAGGUAUGGGGACAAUGUAGAAGAAAUGGAUUGGAUGGUGGGUAAAAUUCUGGAUGCCCUAGACCGGGAGUGCCUGGCCAACAACACCUUGGUGUACUUCACCUCUGACAACGGGGGCCACCUGGAGCCCCUGGACGGGGCUGUUCAGCUGGGCGGCUGGAACGGGAUCUACAAAGGUGGCAAAGGAAUGGGAGGAUGGGAAGGAGGUAUCCGUGUGCCAGGGAUAUUCCGGUGGCCGUCGGUCUUGGAGGCUGGGAGAGUGAUCAAUGAGCCCACUAGCCUAAUGGACAUCUAUCCGACGCUGUCUUAUAUAGGCGGAGGGAUCUUGCCCCAGGACAGAUGGUAUCAUAAUGCAACUUACUUUUUAGGUGCAACUGUGUGGAAAGCUCAUUAUGUGACUCCCAAAUUCUACCCUGAAGGAACUGGUGCCUGCUAUGGGAGUGGAAUAUGUUCAUGUUCAGGGGAUGUAACCUACCACGACCCACCACUCCUCUUUGACAUCUCAAGAGACCCUUCAGAAGCCUUUCCACUGAACCCUGACAAUGAACCAUUAUUUGACUCCGUGAUCAAGAAGAUGGAGGCAGCCAUAAAAGAGCAUCGUAGGACACUAACACCUGUCCCACAGCAGUUCUCUGUGUUCAACACAAUUUGGAAACCAUGGCUGCAGCCAUGCUGUGGGACCUUCCCCUUCUGUGGGUGUGACAAGGAAGAUGACAUCCUUCCCACAGCUCCCUGAGAUCAUGGGGACCAUGUGUUACCCACCACAAACUUACUGUUACAAUGGUCAUAGGAGCAGAGCUCACCUGACUGAUUCAUUCCAUUUGGGAUAAAAACUGAUGGCCUCACCCACUGUUUUAUCCUCAGAAAUCAGUUCUUUCAAGAGCUCAGUGAAAUUAAAGUGGGUCCAUAUAUAACAGUGAACCUGGAGGGGAGCAUUUGUUGUACAAUUUUUUUCUAGUAUAUAAUUGUGCCAUUGCCCAAGGGAAAGAGCAGAUCAAGGUGACUUCAGCAGAAUCUUGUAGAGCUUUUUGUUCCUAGAAUUCAUGGAAGCAUCAGGUCCAAUGUCAUAAGUUAGAAACUUCUGCUUGCAGAUUCUAUACCCAGGCAUGCUAGCUUUCUAAUAAAUCAUGAUAAGUACUUAAUUUUUUCAUGAAGCAGAGGGUCACAUAAAAUUUGAAGUAGUACUAUUAUAGUCAGAUUGACUUCUUGAUUUUCUCUCUUUCUUUCUUUUCUCUUCCUGUCCAAUACACAUCUGGUUAUGAGAAAAAAUACUGGGCUGAAGUUCUUGACUUUGCUUCCUGGUAGCUGUAUCAUCUCUGUGAUUUGGUUUCUUCAUGUGUAAAAUGAGAAAACCAGUGUCUACUUCACAGAGUAGCUAUGAGGAUUAUAUGCAUUAGUUAAUGUGAAAUCGCCUUGUAUAGAAUAAGCAGUCAAUAAAUAUUAUUAU